AGAAUAAAUCAGCAAACCGACUGAGACCGUUUGUUGUUUUUUUCUUUUUUUUUUUUUUUUAGUUACGCACCUCUAACGGAGUACAAUGGCCACUGAUUCAGGCUACGGUGGCUCACAAAGCUAUGGAUCAUACGGAGGCCAACAAGGUGGUCAGCAGGGUUAUGGGCAAGGAAAUGGCAGUGGCACCUAUGGUGGACAGAGUUAUCCUGGCUAUGGGCAGCAACCUGCCUCACAAGAUGGUUACAGCCAGCAGUCUCCACAACAGAGUUACAGCAACUACGGACAAGACUCAUCAGGGGGGUAUGGCGACAAGUCAUCUUAUGGACAGCAGGGCUCCUAUGGUGGCCAAGGAGGAAACAGUUAUGGACAGCAAAGCUCAUACGGCGGUCAGGGACAGAGCGCCGGCUAUGGCGGUCAAGGCCAAGGAGGUGGCAGUGGAUAUAGCAGCCAGAGCCAAGGAGGGGACAGUGGCGGCGGUGGAGGCGGCGGCGGCUACGGAAGAUGGAGUGAAGGUGAAAGUGGUGGUCAGGGCGGGCGGUACGGUCGAGACCAAGGAGGCGACCGCUCAGAGGGAGGGGGCUACAGAGGCCGAGGCCGCGGUGGCUAUGAUCGUGGCGGUUAUGACCGCAGCGGCGGGUACGACCGUGGCGGAUACGACCGGGGUGGAUAUGACCGCGGUGGAAGAGGCGGACCUCCUGGUAUGGGAGGUGGUGACCGUGGUGGCUACAAAAAUUACGGUGGCUCUCGAGACUACGGCUCAAGGGAUGAACCGGGUGGAGAACCGGACAACUCUGACAACAACACCAUAUUUGUGCAGGGGCUCGGAGAGGACGCCACAGUUCAGGAAGUUGGAGAUUUCUUCAAACAAAUUGGUAUCAUUAAGGUCAAUAAAAAGACCGGCCAGCCUAUGAUCAACAUCUACUCUGACAAGGCCACUGGUCGGCCAAAAGGAGAAGCCACGGUGUCCUUCGAUGACCCGCCCUCAGCCAAAGCCGCUAUUGAUUGGUUUGAUGGAAAGGAAUUCAAUGGCAAACCCAUCAAAGUGUCGUUCGCUACUCGCAGAGCUGAAUUCACGCAGAGAGGAGGCGGACGAGGGGGACGAGGAGGUUUCAGGGGUCGUGGUGGAGGACCCAACUUUGACAUCAAGGGAGGAGACUGGCCUUGUCCCAACAGCUCCUGUGGCAACAUGAAUUUUGCGCGGCGACAGGAGUGCAACAAGUGCGGUGCACCUAAACCAGGAGACGCCGGGUUUGGAGGAGGAGAUCGUGGAGGCAGAGGCGGUUUUGGUGGCGGCGACAGAGGCGGCGGCUUCAGAGGCCGUGGAGGUUUCCGUGGCGGAGACCGCGGCGGCUACGGAGGCGGUGGCGGCGGCGGAGGAGGAUUUGGAGGCGGCUACAAAAUGGGAGGAAGAGGUGACCGCAGAGACGAUAGGAGAGAGCGACCAUACUAAGCGUUGUGCACCAGGAAGCCAUUCCAGCCUUCGCGUUGGCCACAGAGGAAGGGGUAGUUUGGGGGCUCGGGCACGGGGUAGUGGGGGCGCUCGGAUUUGUCUGCCAGCUGUUGCAGCUGUUGCAUCCCUAAGCGUUGCUGAGAGUCGGAUGGCUAAUGUGAAGAAAGCUCUGGACUGGUUGGCAUGUUGUCAAAUGUUUUUCUUUGUUCAUUUCCUUGUACAUCUUUUGAUUUCCUCUCAGAAUCUAGCUGCAAAUGUUUUGUGAGGUAGACUUCGUAUCAUUGUUUUGUAUCAACGAAAUAAAAAUGUUUUACUUGGA